AUGCCUUGGUAUCGUCACCCAGUUGAUGCCUUGGUGCGUGUUGUGGUAGCCAGGGCGAGGCGGAGUGUACACGGCCAGCACGCCACGGGAGCCACAGAGACGGAGAGCAAGCCCCGCGUCGAUCAACUAGCUGGACCUUCGACAACAUCGACCUUCCCUCCCUACAGAAGGCCGUCAACAUCGACGCCUCCCCCUACAGAAGGCCGUCAACAUCGACCCCUCCCCCUACAGACGGCCGUCAACAUCGACCCCUCCCCCCUACAGAAGGCCGUCAACAUCGACCCCUCCCCGUACAGACGGCCGUCAACAUCGACCACUCCCCCUACAGAAGGCUGUCAACAUCGACCCCUCCCCCUACAGAAGGCCGUCAACAUCGACCCCUCCCCGUACAGAAGGCCGUCAACAUCGACCCCUCCCCCUACAGAAGGCCGUCAACAUCGACCCCUCCCCCUACAGAAGGCCGUCAACAUCGACCCCUCCCCCUACAGAAGGCCGUCAACAUCGACCCCUCCCCCUACAGAAGGCCGUCAACAUCGACCACUCCCCCUACAGAAGGCCGUCAACAUCGACCCCUCCCCGUACAGAAGGCCGUCAACAUCGACCCCUCCCCCUACAGAAGGCCGUCAACAUCGACCCCUCCCCGUACAGAAGGCCGUCAACAUCGACCCCUCCCCGUACAGACGGCCGUCAACAUCGACCCCUCCCCGUACAGAAGGCCGUCAACAUCGACCCCUCCCCCUACAGACGGCCGUCAACAUCGACCACUCCCCGUACAGACGGCCGUCAACAUCGACCACUCCCCGUACAGACGGCCGUCAACAUCGACCCAAAUUGCCUAAAAUAUCGGGAGCUUCCUGCAUUAUUCAGGUCAUUAACUAUAACCGCCUAACCCACCAAUGA